UUGCUGAACUACCACGGCUAAUGCUACCUAUGUAUCAACAUUUGCAUAGACACAAGUGAGCUCUCAAAGCAAGCAAUAUAUAGCACUACACACUCGUCAUAGAAGUACAGAACUGAACCCAAAAGGGCAGAGUGACCAGAAAGAGAGGAGCAAUGGCGGCUCAGGCACAGACCAUAGAGGUUCCCACAGACGCUGAGCUGCUGCAGGCACAGGCAGACCUGUGGCGCCACAGCCUCUACUACCUCUCCUCCAUGGCCCUCCGGUGCGCCGUCGAGCUCGAGAUCCCGACUGCCAUCCACCGCCUCGGCGGGGCGGCCUCGCUGCCCGACCUGAUGGCCGCGCUGUCCCUUCCCCCGGUUAAGAGGCCAUUUCUCCGCCGGGUCAUGCGCGUGCUCGUCACAUCAGGUGUCUUCGCAGCCAACAACAACUCCGAGUCCGAGGCGAUCUACCGCCUCACACCGUUGUCCCGCAUCCUGGUGCACGGUGUCGUAGCGGAUGAGCAUCACAGCCAGAAGUAUUUUGUGCUCGGCGUGACCUCGCCGCAUUACACGGAGGCGGCGAUGGGGCUGGCCGGCUGGUUCAGGAAAGACCAUGAGCCGCCAGUGCCGUCGCCAUUCGAGGACAUCUUCGGCGUGCCGCUCUGUGAUGACAGAACACCGCUCCUUGACAAAGAGCUGGACGAUGUUGUCACUCAAGGCUUGGCUGCCCAUGACAACCUCGGGAUCGCCACUGUUAUGCGGGAAUGCCAUGACCUUUUUAAAGGGGUGGACUCAUUGACUGACUGCGGCGGCGGCGAUGGUACGACGGCGAGAGCCAUCAUCAGGGCUUACCCGCACAUUAAGUGCACUGUGCUGGACCUUCCGAAGGUGGUCGACAAAGCCCCAGCGGAUGGUGUCGUCACCUAUGUCGCAGGUGAUUUGUUCCAUUCCGUCCCAUCAUCACAGGCUGUGAUGCUCAAGCUUGUGCUACACUUCUGGAGCGAUGAGGAUUGCGUGAAAAUCCUAGCUCAGUGCAGGAAGGCCAUUCCUUCCCGCGAGGAGGGAGGGAAGAUAAUAAUCGUUGAAAUUGUGGUUGGACCUUCCUUAGGGCCGAUAAUGUUUGAAGCCCAACUGCUUAUGGAUAUGCUCAUGAUGGUGAACUCAAAAGGACGUCAACGGGAUGAAAAUGACUGGAGCAAACUAUUCAUUAAAGCGGGGUACACGGACUACAAAAUUGUGAAGAAAUUAGGAGCUCGAUGCAUCAUUGAGGUCUAUCCAUAAGAUAUUGUGGUAUAGGCGCAUGUAAGUUGCAUGGCCCGUAAGUAGUUUAAGUGCCCAACUUAAUCCAUUGCUUUAUCGUUCGUGCAAUGUUCGCUUUGGGAAGUAAUAAACCAGUUGGUGUGCAUCUUCUAUCAUGUUUCUAAAGAUGGUUUGUCGUAUGUAAUCGAUCUAUUAUAUGUUUUAAAAAAUACCAUCUUGACGCUUC